ACUGUCAACGUGCGCCAUUUUGGAUUGAAAAAAAAUCACGGGCAUUUCUGGAAGCCCUUAUUCACGAGUCUAAUCACUGUUUCUUUGUAAUAUCCUGCACUGAAAUAUAAUCCUUACAACUCAAAUCACCCUCGGAAGACCCCCCAGAGACGCCAGUUCUGUUGCAGAAAGUGGCAAUGGCAGGUGUCGGAGGAGGGAACGAUUUCCAAUGGUGCUUCUCUCAAGUGAAGGGAGCCAUAGACGAAGAUGUUGCGGAAGCGGACAUAAUCUCAACGGUUGAGUUCAACUAUUCUGGAGAACUGCUAGCAACAGGAGACAAAGGUGGUAGAGUCGUCAUAUUCCAACGGGAACAAGAAAGUAAAAAUCGCCCUCACUCCAGAGGAGAGUACAAUGUGUACAGCACUUUUCAGAGUCACGAACCGGAGUUUGACUAUUUGAAAAGUUUAGAAAUCGAGGAGAAAAUCAACAAAAUAAGAUGGCUACCCCAACAGAACGCUGCUCACUCUUUGCUCUCGACAAACGACAAAACCAUCAAGCUAUGGAAGAUCAGCGAAAGGGACAAAAGAGCAGAGGGGUACAACUUGAAAGACGAGGACGGGCGUCUGAGAGAUCCUUUUAGAAUCACAUCGUUAAGGGUUCCCGUGCUGAUGCCUAUGGACCUAAUGGUGGAGGCUAGCCCGCGGAGGAUAUUCGCUAACGCGCACACAUAUCACAUCAAUUCCAUUUCAGUAAAUAGUGAUCAUGAAACAUACCUUUCAGCAGAUGAUCUUAGGAUAAAUCUAUGGCACCUAGAAAUCACAGAUAGGAGUUUUAACAUUGUAGACAUAAAACCUGCCAACAUGGAGGAGCUGACGGAGGUGAUCACCGCCGCCGAGUGCCACCCGCACCAGUGCAAUGUGUUCGUGUACAGCAGCAGCAAGGGAACCAUCCGCCUCUGCGACAUGCGAGCCGCCGCCCUCUGUGACCGGCAGAGCAAAUUCUUCGAGGAGCCUGAGGACCCCAGCAGCCGGUCUUUCUUCUCUGAGAUCAUCUCGUCGAUAUCGGACGUGAAGUUCAGUCACAGCGGCCGUUACAUGAUGACCAGAGACUACCUGUCUGUCAAGGUGUGGGAUCUGAACAUGGAGAACCGGCCAGUUGAAACUUAUCAGGUGCACGAAUACCUCCGUAGCAAGCUCUGCUCACUGUAUGAAAACGACUGUAUCUUUGACAAGUUUGAGUGCUGCUGGAACGGUUCUGACAGCGCCAUCAUGACGGGCUCGUACAACAACUUCUUCCGGAUGUUUGAUCGUAACACGCGGCGGGACAUCACGCUGGAGGCGUCCAGGGAGAACAGUAAACCGCGGGCCGUCCUGAAACCCCGGAAGGUGUCGACCGGGGGCAAGAGGAAGAAGGACGAAAUCAGCGUGGACAGCCUGGACUUCAACAAGAAGAUCCUGCACACCGCCUGGCACCCGAAGGAGAACGUCAUUGCAGUCGCCGCCACCAACAACCUGUACAUAUUCCAGGACAAGAUCAACUAAACGUAAACAUCCAUCUCUAGUCCCCGAACCGUUCCCCCACCCCUCCCGAAACCCAGCCAUCAUACCUACCUUACCACGAAUGGACAGAAGUCUUGUUCUUUGCAUAGUUAAGCGUAGUCGUUAAAUCUGUUUAAAGAAAGAACAACAACAACAGCAGCAGCAGCAGCAGCAAACGGCCUUGUUUCUGUCCUCCCUAAUGAAAGAAGAAAUGUGAUACACUAGUUUCAAUGUGUAGCCAGCCAGAUGUCUGGUCACCUUCUGGAGUUGAAGACAGCCUUGUUUCUUUAGUGUCUGAGGUGUUGGUUGGAGUCUUCUGACGUUUUGAGGGAAGACAGACGCAGGAACCGCAGGUCAGCCCGGCCUGACUGCUGCAGAAAUAUGGAUGGACUCAACAAAGAGGCCAAAAAAAUGUUAGUGUAUUUAUUUCAGAGUCUGAGCCUUGUUUUUCUUUCUAUGAUUUGACGACCAAAAUUAUGGAAUCAGGAGGAAUGACGUCGUGUGUCGAGAUAAAUAGUCUCUUAACUGUAAAUCUGGGCCUUGGAGAAACUGAAAUGAAAUUAGCUUGAUGACUGGAGUUGAACAUUUUCGGUUGGUUUCCAAAAUGUAAUUUCCGGGUUGUCUAGAAACUCCAGUGUUCAUGCAAUAAGCCAGAGUUUUUGGAGAACCUGGGAAUUUGGGGAAGGUUACUGGACAUGUUGGCGCUCUCUAGAUAACAUUCCUCCUCCCUGGCUGUCUCAGGCCUUGCUGUUUGAACUUUUUAGCACUUAAACACAGGUCUUCAGUUCGGUCAGUGGACAGUUGAUUUUGUUUAUUUUUGUUGAUAUUUUUUUUUUUUGUUUAUUUUAUUUCUCCUUUUUUCUCAUGCAUAAUAACAUUUACUCACUCACUGACUAUAUACCUGUAUAUCACACCGUCUGGUGUCAACCACUUAAUAAAAGUAACGAAAACUACAACGAGAUGUGUUUUUACAAUA